AUGCUAACUUUUAUUCUAAUUAUUUCAAUUGUAUUUUGCAUAUUUAUUUCAAUUUGUAAUACAUCUAAUUGUGGUAUUCAACCAAAAUCAAAAAUAGCAGGUGGUGUUGAAUCUGCUAUUGAUAGUUGGCCAUGGAUGAUUUCUUUACGAGCAAAAGAUGUUCCUUUACAUAUCUGUGGAGGAACACUUAUUCAUCGAAAGUAUGUACUUACAGCUGGUCAUUGUACUUAUCUUUUUCUUCCAUGGCAAUAUGAAGUACAUAUUGGUCUUCAUUACUUAAAUAGUACACAUCAUUUUAUUUCUCCUGUUAAAACAAUCUAUCGUCAUUUAAAUUAUGUGUCAACAAUAGAUUUUAACCAAACAGUUUAUGAUUUUGCUGUUCUCGAAUUGGAACGAGAUACAGAAGGAAAAUUUCCAAUUAUUUGUCUUCCUUCUCUUUUGAAUGAUCUGGAUAUUGGCAUUAAAUCAAAUACAACAACAUUGGGUUGGGGAAGGACAAGUCCAAAUACUACUGACUUAUCUCUAAGAUUACAAGAAGUUACUCUAGAAUUACUGAAUAGUUCAUCGUUAGAAUGUAUGAAAACUGAUCAAGGACCAUUGAUUAUCAAUGCAUCAUUACAACUUUGUGCCGGACGACUCGAAGGUGGUUCUGGAACAUGUAGUGGUGAUUCUGGUGGCCCUUUAAUGAGUCAAUCUUCAAAGGAUAAUCUUUGGUAUCUUAUUGGUAUAACAUCGUAUGCAUGGGAUUGUGGUUCACCAGCAUCACCUACUGUAUUUUUACGUUAUCCAGUCAACAACAACGACAACAAUAACAACGACAACAACGACGACGACAACAAUAACAACGACAACAACGACGACGACAACAAUAACAACAACAGCAACAACGACGACGACGACAACAAUAACAACAACAAUUUCAAAUUACAAUGCAACAUCAAAUAG